UCGUCAGUAGUAAAUAAAUAAAUAAAUAAAAAUUAUUAGUUAUAGAGAGUGGCUUUGGCCCUGUUGUGGUAUGUUUCGACAUCAGUAGUUCAGUUUUUGUCACACAGUGUGAACGACAUCAGUUGAGCUGGUCCGGAGUUUCCAGGCAGGAGGAGCUAACCACCGAGAAUCUGCCAACAUGAACCAAACAGCCUAUCAGUCAUGUUCAACCGAGCGGACUUGAAGACCCUCUGCACCAGGCUAUGGUAGUCAUCACCCCCAGUCCACGUGUGACGGUGAGAAUGACGACAAUACUUCCAUGACCUCCUUUGGUGUUGCCCUCCGAGGCCUCCCCCUGGCCUUGGCAUCCAUGACACAAGCUACCACCUCAGACUCACGCUUUCACCCAAAAUGGCGGGCAAUCACUGUGGCGACCCUGCUGGCUUUAGUGCUCAUAUUGUAUUUGCACCGGACAGUAGGGAACAGAGAUACUCCUACCAGGGGUUACUACCGCAACAGGGCUCACAGUUUGCAACUGUACAGUGAGGGUGAGGAUGAUAUCUUCAGGGACACUCGCAGACAAACUGCAGGAAGCCUCACCCGCCGUCAGAGGAGGGAAAAACCUUACAAUGACACUUACCCGUUAAGUCCACCAGAGAAGACGAAGAAGGGCAUCCGCUACCGCAUCGGUGUGAUCGCAGACCUGGACACGGCAUCACGUAGCUCCAAGGAUCAGACGUGGUUCAGCUACAUGAAAAGAGGUUAUCUGACUGUUUCAGAGAGCGCUGACAGACUGGAGGUGGAGUGGGAUGCUGAGACUGUCACUCUAGAGAGUCAUUUGGCUGAGAAGGGACGAGGUAUGGAGCUGUCAGAACUUGUGGCGUUCAACGGUCACCUUUACAGUGUAGACGACCGCACAGGUGUGGUGUACAGGAUCGAGGGCAACCAGGCUGUGCCCUGGGUUAUAUUACCUGACGGUGAUGGCUCAGUCUCCAAAGGGUUCAAGGCCGAGUGGCUGGCAGUGAAGGAUGAACACCUGUAUGUUGGUGGCCUGGGCAAGGAGUGGACCACAACCUCUGGGGAAGUCGUCAACAACAACCCAGAGUGGGUUAAAGUUGUUGGCUACCAUGGCGACGUGGAGCAUGAGAAUUGGGUGCCACACUACAAUUCCCUGCGGAGUGCAGCAGGGAUCCAACCACCAGGCUACCUUAUCCAUGAAUCGGCAGCUUGGAGUGAACGUCUCCAGCGCUGGUUCUUCCUCCCUCGCCGCGCCAGUCACGAGCACUAUGAAGAGACUGCAGACGAGCGGCGUGCCACCAACCUCCUCCUGUCCUGCCCUGCAGACUUCAGCUACAUAACCGUGCGGCACGUUGGACCGCUCAACCCCACCCACGGCUUCUCCUCGUUUAAAUUUGUUCCAGACACGGACGAUCAGAUCAUUUUGGCCCUAAAAUCAGAGGAGGAUGCAGGCAGGAUCGCCACCUACAUCAUUGCAUUUACACUUGACGGUCGGGUGCUGAUGCCUGAGACAAGGAUCGGGGAUGUGAAGUAUGAGGGGCUUGAGUUUAUUUGAAAAUGACAGGGCUGAAGGUGCACAUGUUGCUGAAGGGAAACGCUGCAGGGGUCUUCAAUGUUUCAGAGAAGAGUAAGAAGUGGACUGUUUUAUGCAACACUUGUUUAAAGUCUUAGGUUUUACAUUCCCCUCUUUGUUCUACAGUGCAAUAAUACAGUAUGGUACAAAUUAUAUAUUUCAUAGUCUUCUCUUGAGAGGCACAAGAGAAGAUAAAAGGGCAGGACAAAGCCUCACCACCAGGGAAGGACAAUUAAGUCUCACCAACUACAGAUCUGUGUAUAAAUGAUACAGCCAAGCGGGGACAGGCAAUACAUCAGUCACUAGUCAUUCACCUCCAAACAAGAUUUUUUUUUAACGUUUUAAAGCCUUAACUACCUUAUAUCAGUGCUGGUACAACAACGCUGUUUCAACCUUGAGUUAAGCAUCAUGCUUUGAUUGGACACUACUGAUAUCCCAGAGGAGUCUGGGUAUAACAGUUUGUUUAUUAGUAGCUGUCGGUCUGUCAAACACCAGGUUAAUGUGGACCUGUUCUCCUGCAGCCAAACUCUGCUGGUCAGACACACAGGGGAACAAGGUGACACAGCAUCGCACAUUGAAAAAGAAAAAGAAAUGAAUGUCCUUAAAUGACUUGAAAUAUUGAGCUUACUUGUUGCUUUUGUGUUUUAUUUUACCUGUUCAGACACACUGAAGUUUCUCUUAUUAAAUUUAUAUUAAUGAUGUAAUGGGUCCAGUCAUGGUCAUGUGAUGCAUAGCAACUUAUGCUCCAUAACCAUGGUAAAUUAUUCUGGGCAGGU